CCCCGCAGUUUCCGGUUGAUUUUCUCCGUUUCAGGCAGGCUGGUAUAUAAAUGGCCUUGCUCGGCGAACCACAAGAUAGUUAUUGAUACCUAUGUUUGCACUUAAAAUACCUUGAUUGCAUUUGUUUAUCUAUUUUUCUGCCCUUGAUUAAGCUUUCAUACAAAGAGUUGAAAAAGGAAAGAAUAUAGAACAAAGUUUAGACAACAGAAAGCCUACUGUGCGACCUAUCGACACAGGUGUAUUCUAUAGUGUUGAUUUGUGAAGGCAUGACUAUGGAAAUCAAAUCUUACCAGAACCAGGCUGAAUUAAUGUUAAAGGAAUAUGUACUUGGAGAUUCAUUUAUCCCAUACACUUCAAUUGUUGGGGGCAUUUUUGCUUCCAAGAUGGUUUAUGAUCUUACCCAGUUGAUUUGUACUGUUCACUUCAAAAAAUUUUCCAGGUUCUCAAAAAUUCAACAAGUUGAAUGGAGUAACCGGGCUGUUUCAACCAUCCAUGCCAUUUUUAUUACAGUUAUGUCGUUGUACUUUGUGUUUUGGUCAGAGCUUUUUUCUGACAACCAAUAUGGCCUUAUUACAUUUCGUAGUUCUUCACUAUCUACAUUCAUAUUGGGGGUUUCAGUUGGGUACUUCCUUGCGGACCUUGGGAUGAUUAUCUGGUUCUAUCCCUCACUCGGUGGAAUGGAGUAUGUGAUUCAUCAUCUUCUUUCUAUAGGAGCAGUGGCAUACUCUAUGUUGACAAGGCAGGGGCAACUUUAUACGUAUAUGUUACUUAUUUCUGAGACAACAACCCCAGGAAUCAAUUUGAGAUGGUAUUUGGACACUGCUGGAAUGAAGAAAUCCAGAGCCUAUCUCAUCAAUGGAGUUGUUGUAUUCAUUGCUUGGCUGGUUGCCCGAAUACUUCUGUUCAUCUACCUUUUUUACCACCUCUACUUGCACUAUGAUCAGGCCAAGGAGUUGGAUACCUGUGCACAAUUAUUAGUAUGCAUUGUGCCUCUAGCUCUAACAGUCAUGAAUUUGGUGUGGUUUACAAAAAUCAUAAAGGGAUUAAUGAAGACAUUAGCAAAGAGACACUGAAGGAUUCUUGGAUUGGUGACAUUGGUUAAGGAAAAUAUGGGAAAGAGAGGCAGAAGGAUAUCGCAAAUUCUGGUAUUCAUGUACAUUCUUGCUCUUUAUGUAAAAGGGUAAAGGUAUAACAGUAAAGUUAUCACGAUAUUUAAAGUGAAUAUGUUCAGCAAUCAUUUUGGUGUAAAGUUGGAACAUAAACAAGUGGAAGCAAAUGGUGGGAUUUAUAAGUUUCGAAAUUGAAUAUAGAUUUGCAGGUUCCUUAUGCUAA